AUGGCGGUGAUGAGUGGAUUCUUCAGGCCCAAAGUAGCCUUCAUUACUGGAAUCACUGGACAAGAUGGUUCUUAUCUUUCUGAGAUCCUUCUGGGAAAGGGAUACCAAGUUCACGGCCUAGUAAGAUCGUCUGCUUCUAGGCGCGAAGCUCUAAAUAGGCCCUUGCGACCGGGGCUAACGAUACACUUUGGUGAUAUGUCGGAUGUCGGGCGCCUCGUUCAGAUCUUAGGCAACAUCAAGGCUGAUGAGAUCUACCACUUGGCUGCCCAGUCGCAUGUGGCUGUGUCUUUUGACACUCCCAUACAGACCAAUGACACCAACGCCAUGGGAACUCUCCGACUGCUGGAAGCAAUGAGGAUGCUGGGUAUGGAUAGAACGACCAAGUUCUAUAAUGCUUGCUCAUCAGAAGUAUUCGGUUCGGAUAUGCCAGCACCCCAAACAGAAGAAACCCCAUUCCACCCAGUGUCACCUUAUGCCGUAUCAAAACAGUUCCAGUACUGGAUUACCGUGAACUUCCGAGAGGCAUAUGGGUUUCACGCAUCUAACGGACUCCUUUUCAAUCAUGAAUCGCCAAGGCGUGGAACUACAUUUGUCACUCGCAAGAUCACAACACAGGUAGCUCUGAUUGCCUGUGGGCAAUUAGACAGCUUCCAACUCGGCAAUCUGGAUGCAGUCCGGGACUGGGGUCAUGCCAAAGACUAUAUGCAGGGCGUAUAUCUCAUGCUCCAGCAACCAGUCGGUGGCGAUUAUGCUUUGGCGUCCGGUCAGGCUCACAGCGUCAGAGACUUUGUGGAGGCGGCUUUUAGGGUCAUUGGAGUCAAGAUUGAGUGGUCUGGAACGGGCUUGGACGAAGUAGGUGUUGACUCAGUCAGUGGUAAGAUUCGCGUCAAGGUAAAUCCGGAUUUCUACCGGCCACUUGAUAACCAGAAUCUGCUGGGCUCGGCUGCCAAGGCCAAGCGUGUGCUCGGAUGGACACCCACGUACACCUUCGAAGCCUUGGUCGAAGAGAUGGUUCUUUGCGAUAUCGAAGCUGUCAACACCGGUCGUAUAUUUUCCAACUCGAACCUGGACUGGGUGGUUGGUGAAAGCCAAAAUGCAGAAAUUUCAGACAAUGGCAUUAUGAGCCACGGCCACAAAAAAGAGUCGGCUCGCUUCAAUCCAUUUGGCGAAGUUCAAACUCUCGCUGUGAAUGACGAGGGGAGUUCCGAUGGGGCUGAGAAGAUCAGCCUAACCGACGUUAGAUCGGAAACAGAGCUGGCAACCUAG